UGUAAACAGCCUUCUUCCCGGUUCCCCCAUUUGCAGACACAGAGUGCGAGAAGGAGGCAGGACUAGCUGGAGGCCGCGACCUACGCCGAGCAGGAUAACCUCUUCCCAAAAAGAAGCUGGAAUAUACUCCUGUGCUUUGUCUCUGGUGCUGAGGAAGGUAGCACAGCAUCCUGGAAGAAACUGAAACUUCCAUACCAGCCCUGUGUUCCCACCACCCUCAAGUCAGUCCCAAGUCUGAGGACCUGGAUCCUUGUGCCAGAUUUACGGCCUGUAUCAUGUCUGGAGCCAGCAGGAAGCCUGCUCUUUUCCUCUUCAUCUGUUAUGUCGCUGCCCUGGGAGUCCAGGCCGGGGAGUACUGCGUGGCUGACCAUCAGGGGUCUCAAUAUUACAUGGCGGCCGUGUAUGAGCACCACUCGAUCCUGAGUCCCAACCCUCUAGCUCUCACCACCCGCCAGCAGGCCUUGGAGCUCAUGAACCAGAACCUCGAUAUCUACGAACGGCAAGUGAUGAUUGCAGCCCAGAAGGGCGUGCAGAUCAUAGUGUUUCCAGAAGAUGGCAUCCACGGCUUCAACUUCACAAGAACGUCCAUUUACCCAUUUUUGGACUUCAUGCCAUCUCCCCAGCUGGUCAAAUGGAACCCGUGCCUGGAGCCCCACCGUUUCAAUGACACAGAGGUCCUCCAGCGCCUGAGUUGCAUGGCCACCAAGGGAGAGAUGUUCUUAGUGGCCAACCUUGGGACAAAACAGCCAUGUCAUAGCAAUGACCCAGGGUGCCCAAAUGAUGGGAGAUACCAGUUUAACACAAAUGUCAUUUUCAGCAAUAAUGGAACCCUUGUUGACCGCUACCGAAAACACAACCUCUACUUCGAGGCAGCUUUUGAUACCCCUCUUGAAGUGGAUCACGUCACUUUCGAUACCCCCUUUGCUGGCAGGUUUGGCAUCUUCACCUGCUUUGACAUACUGUUCUUCGACCCUGCCAUCAGACUGCUGAGAGACCCCGAGGUGAAGCACGUGGUGUACCCGAGCGCCUGGAUGAACCAGCUCCCGCUCCUGGCGGCCAUCGAGAUUCAGAAAGCCUUUGCCAUUGCCUUUGGUGUCAACGUCCUGGCGGCCAACAUCCACCACCCAUCUCUGGGGAUGACAGGGAGUGGCAUACACACCCCUCUGAAGUCCUUCUGGUACCAUGACAUGGAAAGCCCCAAAGGUCACCUUAUCAUUGCCCAGGUAGCCAAAAAUCCACUGGGUCUUGCUGGUACGGAAAACGCAACAGGUAAAACAGACCCUUCCCACAGUAGGUUUUUAAAAAUCGUGUCAGGUGAGCCAUACUGUGAAAAGGAUGCUCAGGAAGUCCACUGCGAAGCCGCCAAGUGGAACAUGGAUGCUCCUCCCACCUUUCAUUCUGAGAUGAUGUAUGACAACUUUACCCUGGUCCCCGUCUGGGGAAAGGAAGGCUAUCUCCAAGUCUGCUCCAACAGCCUCUGCUGCCAUUUGCUGUAUGACAGGCCCACCCUGUCCCAAGAGCUCUAUGCCCUGGGGGUCUUUGAUGGCUUCCACACUGUGCACGGCACUUACUACAUCCAAGUGUGCGCCCUGGUCAAGUGUGGGGGUCUUGACAUCCACACCUGUGGGCAGGAGAUCACAGAGGCCACGGGGAUAUUCGAGUUUCACCUGUGGGGCAACUUCAGCACUUCCUAUAUCUUUCCUCUCUUUCUGACCUCAGGGAUGACCCUGGAAUCCCCUGACCAGCUUGGCUGGGAGAAUGACCACUAUUUCCUGAGGAAGCGUGGACUGUCCUCUGGUCUGGUGACAGCAGCUCUUUAUGGGCGGUUGUAUGAGAAGAACUAGGACAAGUGUGUGAUUUGUGAGUGGGCCCUGGCUGUCACAUGGCAGCCCCGCCCUCCACAGGCCACAGAGCAUGUACACAGGACCACCUCCCUCUGGGGGUGGCCGCCCACUUCUGGGGCACCAGAUCCCACCUGGGAACUGUGGGAAGAGGUAGGAGAGGCAGGUUCCCUCUUCCUCCUACAUGUCAGUGCUUGAGAUGUUUUCUGGUAUUUUCUAUUAAUAUUUUUCUUUUCAUGCCACAUCUUCCUCUAGCACAUCUCUCAGUACACAAUCGGUUUUAAGAUCUGAAACAAAAAUAAAUGUCAGUUGAUAUUUUACACACCCA